AUGUACACGUUCGGAGGCUCGUAUACCGACACAGGUAACACAUGCUCCACCAGCGGCCUAAGUGGCUUCAACUAUGUAUCGAACCUCCCUUACGGCCGCACAUACUUCCACCACUCCACCAACCGCUACUCCGAUGGCCGCCUCGUCAUCAACUUCGUAGCGCAAUCCCUAUCCCUCUCAUACUUGCCUGCUUACCUCCAUCUUAUUAAUAGCAACCAAAAGCCAUCAUCAAUGGGUGUCAACUUUGUUGUUGUUGGUUUUACUGCAAUAAUACACAGUUUGUUUGUGAAGAACAACCUUACACUCAACAUCACUCCUCAGUCCCUUCAAACCCAGCACACUUGGUUCAACAACUUCUUGGAGUCUCAGGGGUGUAGAGGAGGAGGAGGAGGCCCCACAGCAACUACCAUAACCACCCAAUGCAAUGCAACAAUCAAUGAUGCUCUCUUCUGGGUUGGCAAAAUUGGAGCCAAUGACCAUGCUUAUACCAUUGGAUAUACUAAAACUGAAUUUUCUGUGACGAUUAGAAAUUUGGGUGUUUUUUCAAAUUUAUCUGAUUGUUCAAAUUUCUCUGAUAGCUUUCAUGGUGCUACUACAGCUACUUAUUUGAUGUAG